AUGGCUGAACCCGAAACUACAGAAAAGGGAAGGAACAUUGUAUGUUUUUUCUUUUUCGGCAUUUUGUCGUUCGUGUACGAUGAAAUAUGUCUGAUUUCAGCCGAGGACAUUCUCGCAGGAUCAACCGUUGCCACAACAACAGUGAUUUUAUCCAUUGCUACUCCCGUGCUCUGUAUUAAGCUGGCAGCUCCCUGGUUUCUUCAGCGCAUCUCUUAUUGGAAGAAAAUCAUGUUCGUCGUCGUAUUUCUUCUCGGAGGAUUGACGACGCUCGUCAGCUCGCAGCGCAUCUUGGGAAGACUCGCUGGAGUCAGCGUUAUAGAGUCUGGCGUGGCUACCAGUGAAAUAACGUUUCUGUCUCUCACGGCGUUCUACGAACAUAUUACAGUAAGCUCCUUUGUGGCUGGUGUAGGGUUGUCAUCUUUCAUAGGACCCCUCUACUACACAAGUCUUACCACGUGGUCUUGUCUGCCACCCCGCAGUACUAUUAUGACAACCAUCCCUUGGCCCUUCCUGCUGUUACUUUUCUACGCCCUCCUGGAUAAGGAGCCUAUCGGCAAGAAAGAGAUCAUACCAUUCAGCGAGGACCAUCCACCCGUGGAAGAUGACUCAACAACUUUCUCAUUUCGUGACAGAUUAAACGUAGCCAAGGAUAUUUUCCCAUAUAUAACAUUCCUUUUUAUAACAUACUUUUCAGAGUAUCUUUCGAAUCAUGCUGUUAUAACAACUUUGGCGUUUCCAAAUGCGCCUUUCAAGCCGAGAGACCAUUAUCCAUAUUAUAUACUUUCAUAUCACGUUGGCAAGUUCAUGGGCAGGUCCCAUUUUUUUUUAGUUUCCGCGAUCAAUCCUAAACUAGUUCAUUACGUCAGGGUUAGACGAACAUGGAUCUUAGCCUUGAUAGCAUCUCUGCACGGGUUGUUUUUUUUCUUGGCCUCUUGGUAUAGGUUUGUUCCACGAGUAGAGAUUAUUAUUGCUUUGUGUUUUACUGAGGGAUUUACAGCAGGAUCCAUGUAUCUUAAUUCCGCUCACACUGUUUCUGAAUUGAUAGCAGAUCAGCAGAAAAAAGAGUUUGCGUUGAGUUUGCUUACAGUUGGUAACGCUUGCGGCAAGCUGGCCGCCGGAUUGUGCGGCUUAUUUCAAGAACCGCUUCUAAAGAAGCACUGUGUUGAAGAUCUUAAACUUGGAGAAUAUUGUCUAACAAGACAUACGCGCAAAGCAGGAUGGAAUAAAAGCUUUAAUUGUUGA